AUGAGCCACCUCACUCGUGCAGCAGUAGCUGCCAGCCUUACAGUCGCAAAUGCUUCGUCUCUUGCUGAUGUUUGCACUGUCUCCAACGUUCAGGCUGCUCUUCCUGCCAACGGUACCCUCUUAGGCAUCGACUUGAUCCCAUCGACUGUGACCGCAAGUGCCGUCUACAAUGCUUCCACCAGCAUGGGCGGUAUGGGAUCUACUUCGGGCAGCGGUACCACGUACAGCUACUGUAAUGUCACCAUUACUUACACCCAUACUGGCAAGAACGAUGAGGUUGUUGUCAAGUAUGCUUUCCCUCAGCCCUCGGACUUCAAGAAGCGCUUCUACGUCGCCGGUGGAGGUGGUUUCUCGCUCUCAAGUACCGCUACUGGAGGUCUCGAAUACGGUGCUGUCGGUGCUGCCACUUCCGCUGGCUACGAUGCCUUUGAUUACAGCUACGACGAGGUCGCUCUUGCUGGUAACGGCUCUAUCAAUUGGGAUGCUACAUACAUGUUCUCCUACCAAGCGCUCGGCGAGAUGACCAAGGUCGGCAAAUACAUUACCGAGGGCUUCUACGGCAUGAACAACACCAAGAUCUACACCUACUACGAAGGUUGCUCUGAUGGUGGACGUGAGGGUAUGAGCCAGGUCCAACGCUUCGGAGACGAGUACGACGGAGCCAUUACCGGUGCUCCCGCCUUCCGCUUCGCUCAGCAACAGGUCCAUCACGUCUUUCCCGCAACCGUGGAGCACACCAUGGAUUACUACCCUCCUCCAUGUGCGCUCGCGAAGAUCGUCAAUGCUACCAUCGCGGCCUGUGACCCUCUCGAUGGCAGGACUGAUGGUGUCAUCUCUCGUACCGAUCUCUGCAAGCUGAACUUUAACCUGACUUCUAUCAUUGGCGAGUCUUACUACUGCGCUGCUGAGACCAGCUCCUCCCUGGGUUUUGGCUUUAGUGGUGCAAAGGCUAAGCGUCAAGAGAAUAGCCAGAGUAGCACUACACCUGCCCAGAACGGCACUGUCACUGCUCAGGAUGUUGCUGUUGCUCAAGCUGUUUACGACGGUCUUCACGACUCGAAGGGAGAGCGUGCUUAUCUCUCUUGGCAAAUCGGCUCUGAGUUGUCUGAUGCUGAUCCGACUUACAACUCCAACACAAGCUCCUAUGAGCUGAGCAUCCCGUCUACUGGUGGUGAAUACGUGACCAAGUUUGUUCAGCUUCUGGAUCUUGACAACCUUUCCGACCUUGAUGGCGUCACCUAUGAUACUCUUGUUGAGUGGAUGAACAUUGGUAUGGUGCGCUACCUGGACAGUCUGCAAACCACUGUUCCCGACCUCACCAACUUCAGAGAAUCCGGCGGUAAGCUUCUUCACUACCACGGCGAAUCUGAUCCUAGCAUCCCCGCCGCUUCUUCCGUCCACUACUGGCAAUCCGUGCGCUCCAUCAUGUACGGCCAACUCUCGCAAGAGGAAGCCCAAAAGGAGCUUGAGGACUGGUACCAAUUCUACCUCAUUCCUGGUGCUGCCCACUGCGGAACCAACAGUCUCCAACCUGGCCCUUACCCUGAAAACAACAUGCACGUCAUGAUUGACUGGGUCGAGAAUGGCAACAAGCCUUCGCGCUUGAACGCUACUGUUUCGUCGGGCGAUUACGCGGGUGAGACUCAGAUGCUUUGUCAAUGGCCUACCCGUCCUAUCUGGCAUGGCAACAGCACUUUCGACUGUAUCAAUGAUCAGGCAUCUAUUGACAGCUGGACUUACACUUUUCCUGCUUUUAAGGUUCCUGUCUACUAA